GUCCAUCGUCAUGAUUUGGGAGUUGAUCCAUGUGAGCGCUGUGCUCCUCGGAGGCCUGGCGUCGGCGGCUCCGGCCCCGCCCCCCCGCCCUGAUGAGCAGCCCUGCCGCGUCCACAGCUCGGGCCGCGCUGCAGACUGCAUGGGCAGGCAGCUCAGCAGCGUCCCCUGGAGGCAGCUUCCCUCCACGCUCCUGCGCGUCGACCUGUCCUACAACAGGCUUCAAGCUGUCAACGCCCAUGACUUUGCGCGCCUCCCUCAGCUUCGCACCCUUUACCUGCAGUUCAAUAACAUCUCACACAUUGACAGCGACGCCUUUAGAAGCAACACUCUGCUGGAACAUCUCAACAUCUUCAACAAUUCUCUGCAGGAGAUCCCUGCGUCCGCUCUGACGCCGCUGCAGGGACUGAAGGAGCUCUACAUGUCCAACAACCUCUACCAACAGGCCACGCUGGCCGAGAGCUUCUCCCGGUUUGUCAGCCUCCAGGUUCUGUCUAUGGGCGGUCCACUUGUGACGGGUCUAAAGAAAAAUGACUUCCUGCCCCUAAAAAACAUCAGUUUAGUUACUUUUGCCAUCAAAUGUUCCUCCAACCUAAGUUACUACGAGCCGGGGAGUUUACAGGUCAUCAGGACCAAGCAGAUGGGCUUUGAUAUGGCCAUAGACCAACAACCGGGCGCGCUCCCACACAUGCUACGCGACCUCGCCAACAAGAGCUUCACGGCCAUUCAGUUCCGCAACCUGUUCGAGUUCAUGUACUACACGGGGAAGGAGGACAUUUUCCAGGGUCUGGAGCACAUAAGUGCCUACCAGCUCAUCUUCCACAGAGGUAAAUUCAACGAGAACCUCCUCAGGAUGGCUUUGAUUAACUUACAGAUCGCCCCCAUCAAGAGGCUGAGACUUCAGUACAUAGACUUUGCUCGUUCUCCCACCUUUGUUGAUAGUGGAGCAGGGUCCAGCAUCACGCACCUGUCGCUGGAAAGCCUGGACCUUUGGUACAUCAGCAACCCAGACGUGCUGCGCUUUGACUGGCGCUUCACCUGGUUCAACAGGAUUAAGAAUCUGUCCAUUAAGUACGUGUACUUCAACUCCGUGCCCUGCGAUGCUUGGGUGGAGAUGGCCGGUGUGCGCUUCCUGGACGUCUCCAACAAUAGACUGGCGGAUGAGUUCAUCUUCAACCAGCUUUGUGAUUACAGGGGCACCAUGCCCAACCUCCACACCUUUAACCUCAGCACCAACGAACUGAGCAGCUUGAAAGACUUGUCGCUGCUUACAAAGGAGUUCCAGCAGCUGCAGGUCUUGGACUUUAGCAACAACAAACUGGGAUCUGACGAGACGAGUCAGGGUUGUGUUUGGCAACAGAAUAUCACUCGGCUUAUCGCUCAUCACAAUCGUUUCGUCAGCACGGCCCUCAGCUGUCUGCCCACGACCGUGCGCUACUUGGACCUGUCCUACUGUGACUUGGACCAGCUGGAAAUGACAUACUUUGAGAAGGCCACCCACCUCAACGAGCUCCUGCUGAGCGGCAAUAAAAUAAAGUUCAUCCCAUCGAGGUGGGAAAGUCCAUCACUCUGGUCUUUGACUCUGGACGGCAAUUCCUUUGGUCUCAUUAGCAAGGCAUCCUUCAGGGACAUGCCUCGGCUGACCCAGCUGAGGGCAGGGAACAACCCGUACCACUGCACCUGUGAGCUGCACGCUUUCAUCCAGGACACCGCCUCCACGGGGAGAGUAAACCUCACGGACUGGCCUUGGAACUACAGGUGCUACCACCCUGAGGACUUUCUCAACACCCUGGUUUCUAAAUACUUCCCAAGUAAAGUGGCCUGUGACAUCAGGCUGGUGAUCAUCAUCUGCGUCGCAACCACUGUGGCCGUGACCCUGCUAUUAAUGUUUUUCUGCUACGUCUUUGACCUCCCGUGGUACACGAAGGCCACGUAUCAGAUAAUCAGGGCCAAAUACAGAGCGCACAAGGAGAAAGCAGCAGGGGAGCCAGGCGCGUUCACCUUCCACGCCUUCAUAUCCUACAGCCACUCAGAUGCAGACUGGGUGAGGGAGCAACUCCUGCCGGGUUUGGAGAACAACAGGAACCCGUAUCGUCUGUGUAUUCACGAGAGGGACUUCAUGCCUGGAAAGUGGAUCAUCGACAACAUCAUUGAAAACAUCGAGAGCAGUCGUAAGGUGAUAUUCGUCCUCUCUCGAAACUUCGUUAACAGCGAGUGGUGCAACUACGAGCUGUACUUUGCUCAACAGAGAGCGAUGGGGAAGACGUUCAGCGACGUCAUCCUGGUGGUGAAGGAGCCCAUCGACCCCAGCUCCCUGCCCAGCAAGUACUGCAGACUCAAGAAGAUGCUGAGCACCAAGACGUACCUGGAGUGGCCCCAGCAGCUCAGCCAGCAGGCCUUCUUCUGGGCGCAGCUCAGAAGUGUUCUGGGCAAAGCGUCCAUGGACCACGAGGAGCGUCGCAGCGUGAGGAGGACCACCUCGUCGGCGCCAUGCGGUUCUGACGGUCAGCGGCCCGAGCAUGUGAGGCCUGAGGAGAACCUCACAGCGGAACUCCAUAAUGCUCCUAAUCAGCGUAAUCUGCUGCAGGCUCGGCGUCGUCUGACCAGGGGGCUCACGCGCAGGAGGGCGGGGCCUAUCAGCUUGGCGUUUACCUGCUCGCAGGUGAACGGACCCCCGUCCGACGCUAUAUCUGGUCAGCUGAGCGCCGAGGCCGCUUCCUGCAGCAGCCGUCAGCGUCCGAGACGAGUAGGUUUGAUGAAAAUGGCUUCCAACCUGCAAAAAGCAAUGCUGGGCCUCAUCGCAGUCUUCCACUCCUACUCUGGGAAGGAAGGCGACAAGUACAAACUGAGCAAAGCGGAGCUGAAGACCCUGCUGCACAACGAGCUUGGUAAUUUCCAGGAAGCCAGCAAUGAUCCGCUGGUGGUUGAGAAGAUCAUGAAUGACCUGGAUGAGAACCAUGACGGUGAAGUGGAUUUCCAGGAGUUCGUGGUCCUGGUCGCUGCGCUGACGGUCGCCUGCAAUGAAUUCUUUGAAGACUGUGACAAGUCCAAGGACGCGUAAUGACCUGAACUGCAGCCUGCUUUUUACCAGUGUUUGAUGAUGUAGCUUUGAAUUGCUCACUUGCCUUGAAACGCUGGAAGCUGUGCUCCAUGUCUAACCUCCUAAUAAAGACGUUGAUCCAG